AUGGACUUUUACGGGACUGCCUCGUCUGCAAUCACUCAAAUCUACCAGGUUGCUGUGUUCAUCCAAGGUGUCGUCUCUGACAUCAAAUCUUUCGAUGAUGACCGGGCGGAAAUUCGCCUCAAGUUGAAUCUCGAGAUCUCCUCACUGCUCUUCUGCAAGCGAAUAUUCUUCCAUCCCGAGCAUGGACUUUUACUCCCUGGGAAACUGGAUUCUUUUAUUGCAGAGACGGUGGAUGGUCUACUCGUGCAGAUGCGCAAGACUUUGGCCGAGUAUGAGAUUGUCGCGGCCAAGUACGGACUUGCGAACGAGGAUGUUGUGGUUGAGUCUGAGCAGGUCAAGACACAUGAGUCCCUCUUGGAGCGCGCCAAGAGCAAGGCCAAGCUUCUCAAGCUGAAAGGAUACGACUGGUCGCUCUUCGACAAGAAGAAGCUGCAAAAGAUUCUGGACACCUAUACACAAUGGUCUGCGCAGUUGCGCAAUAUCAUGCAGCACAUGUCCCAGGAGACCUUGGCUCAGCUGGCUGAGACCGAUCAUCAGGGCCUCAAGAGUAGUGGUCUGGAGCCUGUGGUGAAGCGACGAGUGCUCGCUGCGGCGAAGGCCCCAGCAGACUACCAGGGCCUGACUGGAGGUUUGACUGAAAUCGGCACCUCAGUUGGUGAUUUCAAAUUAGGAACCUGGUCUGCUGGUGGCUCCGAAAGCAUGCAAGUCGUUGUGGAGUUCCGUGAGUAUGAGAGCCGACUGAAAGACGAAGACCUGGAUGCUGAGGAGGUUGAGGAACUCAAGAGACCCAUUCGUGAUCUAGCGUGGCUGCUGCAAAGCACCACUUUUACUGGUUCAUCCUCGGAGUCAUUGGACCAGCCCAAGAUCUAUGCUUUGGAGUGCUUGGGCUUCAUAGAUCAGCCUGCGGAAGAGCGCAGCGUGUUCCUCUACAAAUUGCCGGCGGCCGAUGCCAACGAGGGCGCCUCUCUUACCACUCUGCAUGGCUUCAUCAAUGCCAUCGACACUGCGAGCAACAAACCGCUCAAGAAACCAGUGCUCAAUGACCGAUUCAGCAUGGCUCACAGUCUAGCGCAGACUGUUUCCAAUCUUCACGCCUCGGCGUGGGUGCACAAGAACAUCUGGAGUAGAGGAAUCUUGCUCUUCUUGGAGAAUUCUACGGGGGUCAGCACCGCGGGGCUUGAUCAGCAACGCCGGAACAUUUCGGGUUCCGGCGGUCGAAUUGUCUCGUAUCUCGGCGACUGGGGAUACGCACGAGCAGUCGAGAAAGGCACCGAGCUACGCGCCGACUUUGAGAUAGAACCAAACCUGUAUCGUCAUCCUGACAGACAGGGUCGCCCAACGCAUCAGUUCAAUCGACUGCAUGACCUUUAUGCGCUAGGUGUGGUGCUCCUGGAGAUCGGAUUGUGGGUGACUUUAUCGCGCCUGAUGGACGCAAAGAUCAAGGAAGCACUUCGAAUUGGGAAACUGCCCAACCGAAAGAAGGUCGCUGCAGACCUGGUGGCAUUGGCAGAGCAAGGACUGCCAAAGGAGAUGGGUGUAGGCUACACCAAGGCGGUUUUGGCCUGUCUCACGAGUGGUUUCCGGGAGAAAGAUGGCCCUGGGCUGGCGAUGGACUUUCAAACCAAGGUAGUUGAUGUUCUAAGAGGUGGAAUUCAAGUUUAA